AUGGAUGUUGAUGAUAAGGAGUUAAUUACGGAAAUUAAAGUUGACUACCAAUGGAAGCCUAAGGUGUGCAAUGUUUGCAAAGUUUUUGGGCAUAGUGAUGCUACUUGCCCAAUAUUGACAAGGAAUGGAAUAUGGAAGCCUAAACAAUCCGCACAGAAUGUUACAAAUGAUAUAAACGAGAAAGGCAAAGCCAUAAUGACUGUAGUGGAAUUGGCUACCAAGGAAUAUUCUAAUGAUCCAAAAUGUAGCUACGAUGAUCAAGAUCAAGCUCAAAGUGAUUUGGCAGAGCAGACCAUUCAAGAGGAUAUUCAGGUAACUUCUAUAGUCAUCAUUGACUGCCAUCAUAUUGUUUCAAAUCCAGAACCUGUUUCGGCUUCAAAUAGAUUUAGUAAUCUAGAAAUUGAGGGAGGUCAACUUGUUGUGGAACUCAAUGCCCAGUCAGAAAACUUAGAAGGAAAACCUAGAGAACCAAAACCACUCCACAAUGGUAACAAGAAAAAGAAGUUGAAGAAGAAAGGCCAUACUCCAGGGCUGCUCAAGAUGUUUGAGCAUCUUAUACUCAGAAGAUAA